UGUAUAUAUCGGCAUGCGAUCAUUGUAUAUAUCUGUUUCUAUAAACAUUGCAAAACCUAGAGAUUGCGUGAAAUUUAAUAUUAAUAUUAUUUAUAAAUCAAAUGAAGAAUACAUGUAUUAAAAAAAGUUAUUUAAAAUGUUAAUUUUCCAAAGUUAUUAAAACCAAUAUUGAGGAUUUUAGAAAAAAUUUUAAACAACGCAUCAUAAUGGCUGCCAUUGAAAUAUUUUCAAGUUCUAUUGAUUAUAAAUAUAAAAGUAAAAUAUGUUCUUUAAGCUUUCUCGUUGUAUUAUUACUCAUAAUUUUAUCAUUGAUUACACCAUUUUUUAUUAUUUAUAAUACAGGAGGUUUCUUAUUGAAGAAUCGUGUACUUAUGGAAAAACCUGAUGUGUUUUUUAAUUAUAAAUAUUUAUUAUUAGCAAAUAGAGAUUUUAACACAAAUCCUAUAGUCUGUUCAAGUUUUAAAAUAUAUAAGGAUAAUGAAAUUGAAGAUAAUUGUACAUUAAUAAAGGUUCGGGAAAUAGAUACAAAUAUUGAUGGUAAAAACGAUAUUUUAAAAUUUGAGGCCCAUUUUUAUACAAAUAAACCUAUAAAGUCUCUUAAACUUUUACUUUUCUUUAAUUUUCAAUUAAAGCAAUUGUUUGAUGCAACAAUAGAAUCUUUUGCAUUUUUUACUCAUGUAUUGAAUGAAGAAGUUCAAAAAAUACAAUUUUAUGGAGAUUUGGUAUUGCAACAAAAAGGCCUUCUUACUAGUGAAGGUUUAUAUGAAGUAUAUAAUCAUAGUUUGGAAAUUGCUGAUUAUUCUUUGAAUGAAGUAUUUAUGCAAAAUUUUAACAAAAAAUUUACAGCUAAAAUAAAUAAUAAAUAUAUAAGUGAACAAAUAGGUAAUGUAAAUGAAAAUAUAAUAGUCAUUCAAGGAGAAUUAUUUUAUAGAGAACAUUUAAUUUAUUAUCAGCCUAAUAUUCUGGAAGAAUUAAAAUGGAUAUGGGUGCAGUAUUUUUCUAGUUUUCUAGUUUUUGUUUAUAUAGCAAGACAUAUUUUAAUUUUUUUAUUUUCAAAUCGAUAUUUGAAUUGUUAUAUAAUAGUACCAUGGAAAAAUAAAUAAUAUACAUAGUAAAUAAUUAUUAUUUAAAUAAUUAUUUAAUGUUAUUUUUAAUGUUAUAUUGUAUAUUGUCUAAAUUUUAUAUUACAAGUAAGUUUUUUAAUUAUGUGAUUUUUAUGACAUUAAAUUUAAAAUAUGUUUUUAUGUAAUAUAAUAUUUGAAUACUAAUAUCGAAUAUCACAAAUUGGAUCAAUAUUAAAUUGUUUAUUUAUAGAUAUAGAAUAUAGAACUAUAUUUUUGUGAAUUGGUAAUAAUAUAUAUCUUAUAUAAGUUA